GAAAGUAAGAUGAUUGUAUCAGUCACUGGAGCUACUGGAUUUGUUGGGAAAAGAUUGGUGCAAAGAUUACAUGCAGAUAAACAUCAGAUUCGUGUGUUGACAAGAUCAAGAUCCAAAGCACAAUCGAUAUUUCCGGUUAAAGAGUUUCCGGGAAUUGUAAUUGCUGAGGAGCCAGAGUGGAGAGACUGCAUUGCAGGUUCAACAGCUGUUGUAAAUUUGGCUGGAACACCGAUUAGUACUAGAUGGUCUCCUGAGAUCAAGAAGGAUAUCAAGCAAAGCAGGGUUAGAGUAACCUCCAAGGUUGUAGAAUUAAUCAAUAAUUCAAAGGAUGACGCCCAUCCCAAAGUUUUAAUAAGUGCAACAGCAGUUGGUUAUUAUGGAACCAGUGAGACUCAAGUGUUUGAUGAGCAAAGUCCGUCAGGAAAUGACUACCUGGCUGAGGUUUGUAGAGAAUGGGAGGCAGCUGCGCUCAAAGUCAAUAAGGAUGUUAGGCUUGCUCUAAUUCGUAUUGGGGUUGUCCUUGGAAAAGAUGGUGGUGCUUUAGCUAAAAUGAUUCCUAUCUUCAUGAUGUUUGCUGGGGGACCUUUGGGCUCCGGAAAGCAAUGGUUUUCUUGGAUUCAUCUCGACGACAUUGUGGAUUUGAUAUAUGAAGCUUUAUCCAAUCCAUCGUAUAAAGGGGUGAUAAAUGGAACAGCACCGAAUCCUGUACGACUGGGAGAAAUGUGUGAACAUCUGGGAUCCGUUUUAGGGAGACCUUCCUGGCUACCAGUACCAGAUUUUGCAUUAAAAGCUGUACUUGGAGAGGGUGCAUCAGUGGUAGGAUAUUUGUAACCUCAGCUUAUUAGUACUACCUAUUUGUCUGUAUUGAUCGGAAACAGCCUCUCUACCUCCCAAAGUAGGGGUAAGGUCUGCGUACACUCUUCCCUCCCCAGACCCCACAAGUGGGAUUACACCGGAUAUGUUGUUGUUUGUAUUGAUCGGGAAUAACCUUUCUACCCUUCCAAGGUAUGGGUAAGGUCUGCGUACACUCA